AAUGCUCUUUAUUGCAACAGGAUUCUUUAGAAGAAAAACCUUCCUUUUCUAUCUGAAUUUGCUUAUUUCUUUCCAUGUAUAAAAUAGGCACCAGUGCCCAUUUCAUUUCCAUGCAAAUAAUAAACUGGGUCUACUCUGUCUCUCUCUCUCUCUCUAUAUAUAUAUAUCUAUAUAUAUACACAUAUACACACAGACAUAACGUAGUAAAUGGAGAAGAACCCAUCAAACUCAAAGAAAACGGUGAUGCUGAUGAGGACUAGUGGGUUCUCUUUGGUGAGUGAAGAUGUUAUUGAAAACAUUCUGUCGAGACUACCUGCCUUGUCUUUUGUAUCAGCAUCUUGCGUUAGUAAAUGCUGGAACAAGGUUUGCGUUCGAAUUCUGUCAAGGCCUAAGCUUGCCUCUGCUCUCUCUCUCAACCCUUCACUCCAUGAAGCUGUGGAUGAGGUCCUUGGCAAGGUUCUUUUGCAGCCCAUUGUUCCUCACUUCGUCAUCGCCUGCAUUGGCAAGCAAUUCAGCUUGGAAAUCACUCACCAACUGCUUACAAAGAGAUUCGGUACAAGAGUGCCAGUUAUUACUAAUGCUGCCAGUGGAAUCAUUGGUCUUGAUGCUGCUACUGAUGAAGUGAGGGAAGUUAGGUGGGAAUCAAGCGAUGAUGAAGAUGACAAUAAUGAUCCUGAUUCUGAAGCAAAUAAUCUACUUAAUAGAGGGAUUGUUCUGGUAGUUGGAUUUGUACCUGGACUCAAAGUUGAAGCCAUACCACUUCUGCGUUCAAAGACGGUUCCUCAGCCAACUUUGGUUGACAAAUUUUUAACGGACAUUAAGAAUUUCAGUGUCUCUGUGUCAGACUGCACCUCACCUGCUGGGAUCAUAUUGUUUGGAGAUCGAAGCAUCGACCUCAAACCUGUCCUUGCAAGGAUGGAUUAUGCACUAAAUGAGGAAACAGUAAUGGUGGGUGAUGCAAGUGGAUGCUUCUUGUGCAGAAGUGUCGACAAUUCACAUAAUAACUAUGGAGACAUGUACUUGCUUGAUGCUGUUGCUCUUGUUUUCUCAAAGGACAAACACAAGUCUCAUGGAGCAGAUAUAGGAGAAACUCAGUUUCAUAUCACACUGUCAACGGGUCUAAUGCCAUUUGGUCCCCAGCUCCAGGCAAUCUGUGUCAUCGCAAGAGGCACAGAUAAUUCAUGGCUCAGUGCUAGAAUGGAGGGACAAUAUGAUGUUCUUAAUGGUGAAGGCCUUUUAACGGAUAUUAAUGAUCAGUUCACUGAUGAAGAUUUUCCUGAACUAUAUAUUGGAGUUGUACAACAAAGAGAAUACCCAAUUGGUGCAGAGAGUACAAUAUCAAGAGCAUCCAUGGCAUUUUAUGAAGUUAUGGGAGGAGAAAACCAGUUCUUUGUGAUUAAUGGAGUUGGAAUCAGACCUGGAGACUACUUCCUUUUCUACCAUUCAGAUUCUGGUACAGCAUCAUCUUCAUGCAGUGAUGCAUACAGAGACCUUGCAACUCUGAAGUCAGAAUCAACACACAAGAACUGCAAUAAUCCUUUAAAGGAAGUUACAGGCAGUAGCAGUAGCAGUAGUGGUAAAGAGAAAGAAGUGUUCGGAGGCUUAAUUUUCUCUUGCUAUUUAAGGGGAGAGAUAUUCCACCCUAAUGUUGACAGUUCUCCAAUUCAUGAAAAUUUUCCAGGAGUUGCAUUAGCAGGAAUGUAUUGUAAUGGAGAAAUUGGAAGAGGUUCUUCAAGCUCAAUAAGUCAAGAAGAUGAUGAAGAAAACUCUGCUCGUUGCUGCUUGCAUUACCAUAGCGCAGUUUACUUGGUUUUAUCAUAUGUUCCACCAACUGCUUCAGAGGCUUAAUUAUUAAAGCUUGCUCAGGUCUCCUAAGCACAAUUGUGUGCGUUUGUUAUGUUAUAUAUUAGCAUAUAUGUGUCAGCUUGGUAUGUACCAAAGCGGUUGUUGUUUUAAGUUCUCUUUUGUUGUUUAUGUAUGAAAGUGAAAUUGGGUUCCAAUAUAAUAUGGUAUUGCUAAAUAAAUACCCCUUUUCUUUUUUUA